UAGUGCUGCCUUGGUCAGUCACACGGGAGUUGUGCAACCGUUCGUUAGGUCUAUUUGCCAGUCGAUUGCUUCAGUGCCUUUUGCAAAAUCAUCUAUACAAAUUUUUGUUAAGAAAAUAAUUUAAGUAUAACGGCUGUCACGCAUGUUUUAAAAAAGAGCGGCAAAAGGGAACGCCGAAAAAUUCGCUGGAAAGAAGUAAAAGCUUUAACAAGUGCAAGAGAAAAGAAACACCGCAAGCCGAGCAGAGCAGAGCAGAAGCAGCAUCCGCAGCAUGGCACAGGAGACAACGAUGGGGGUUAAAGAUCAGCAUACGCAGCACGAUGUGAUCGGUGAUGAUGAAGUCAGCGAACUGCAGCGACCGCCCAGCUUCUAUCAGAAGGUGCGUGAGCAGGUGGAACGAUUUGCCAGCACUCGACUGGGUCAGUUCGUUAUUGAGAGGGCCGAUCGUGGCUUGAAGCUGAUCGAAGAUACAACCAAAUGGAGUUUGCCGCAGGAUAAGAACUCGAGCUCCGCUGUGCUGGAACGUCCUUUGCCCUGGGCUCCAUUCUUACUGCUGAUCAUUGUGCUGCGCCUGGUGCGCAUCUGGCUGUCAGUUGGUGCCUUGAUGAUAGGCAAUGGACCCGUGACGCCAACGGAUAUGAUAUACUUUAUACAAACGCGUCGCCGCAAGCUGCGCGCCAUUCGCGUCCAUGGCCUGAGGACUAUGCGCAAUAGGCAGCAGGAGUCCUCGAGCAGAGCGAGCAGCAACAGCUACGCUGAAAAGCUCAGCCAAUGGGUCUCACGUGCCAUCUGUCGACCAGGUGUGCAGCGCGCCAAUACCGGCAGACUCUUCAAUUCACGUGCCAUGGCAACGAACACGCAACAGAGUAACCAGAAGAAUGAAAGCGUCGCUAAGCGUCCGCGUGAUGACGACUUAAAUCCCGAUCAUAAUUUAACUAUUGAUGAGAUGCUCUCUAAAUAUGCCAAUGAGAACUCCGAGGAUGAUUCGGACUUCGUGCCGAAUGCCGAGGAUGAGAACACGACCAGCGGCACCAGUAGCGAGAGCGAAAGUGAAUCCAACAGCAGCGAGCAGAUCAGCAGCACCGAGGAGCAAGAGCAGGCAGAUCAGCACAAGGAGAACAUCAAACCUAAUAAAGCCACUGCAAAUAAUGUGCAGAAGCCGAAGGAACCACAGGCCACGCUCAAUGGCAAUGGCAAAGGCAAGGGCAACGGCAAUGGCAAUGAAAGGGAACCGAUGGAAGUUGCUGCCCUGAAGGAGGAGCAAUGGAAGUCCUCGCCCGGACACUUGAGCGCCGCCUUGCUGAACACGCGACUGUACAAUAAUACAGCAGCUGCAGCCAACACUGAGUCCACGAGCAGCAACAGCUCCCACACUGAUACUGAACCCAAUGAACCUGAUCCUGUGCCUGAUUCCAUUAACAUCAACUCCAGUUCCCACUCCGACUCGAACUCCAAUUCCAAUUCGAGCUCCAACUCCAAUUCGAACUCCAACUCCAGCACGAACUCCGAUACGGAUAGCAGCAGCACAAGUACCGUCUGCCCCCAGCAGCAACAAGACACCGAUACCUCCCACUCAGCUGAUCCUCAUGUGGCUGAUCCCACUGAGAUUACAGCUCAACCCACUGUAGAGACUCAAGCCACAAAGAUCCCAACGCCUGUCAACCCAGAUCCAUCCACUGCAGAGAUAUUAAAACCUGCCAGUCCAGCUCAAUCCACUAAGAUCCCAACGCUCGUCAUGCCAGAUUAUCCGACCUUGUUGCCCGCCCAUCUAGAUCAAUCCGCUGAGAGUGUAGAUCAAUCCACCAUUGAGACCCUAACGCCUGCCACCUCCUCUGAAGAUAUUUUCUAUAGUCCGAUUGGUUCGCCCGACACCUUCAAUUCCGACUUUGUCAGCCAGUCUGUGUUGCGUAAUGUCAUUAUCAAUGCGGUCCCCACCCACUCGACGCCCAACUCUGAGCUAGACGAAAUACAUUCAGCUGGCUCCGAUUUGGAGGAGGCAACCAGGCAGUGCAUUGCUCUCGCCCAUUCCCUCGAGCAACAGGAUACGCCGCCCUCAGCCAAGCAGCCCCCACUCAAGCAACCACAGCAACAGCAGCAGCAGCAGCAGCAACAGCAGCAACGGCACUACAACCAUCCUCAUCAGCGUUAUCGCGGACGCAAUCGACGCUAAGCGAAUAUAGCUCCAUAUAGCCUAGCCUAUACCUCAAUAUCCUCUACCCUAAAUCCUUGUUCUUAAAUAGUUUCUUUACUUACUUCCCAUAUUGUUAGCCUUAUACAGAAAGUAAACAUCAAGAACUUA